CUGUGUUAUGUUCAAGAUUAACAAAUUACAGAACUUCAUAUUCAAUUGUUUUUAUACUUUUUCUUUCCUUCACACCCGCAGGCUGGAGCCCAUUUUUAAUUUCAACUGUAAAGUUUAGGGCAAUAUUUAUUGGUAAAUGUUAGGGUCGAAGGUCCAAAUCCCUUUGAUAAAUUUCUUCGUUUGUUCUUGCAGAAUCUUGCAACACCAUCGAUUCAUUUCGAUGGCAAGCCAGAGUUACUUUGAUUCACCCACAGCGUUAACCACAGAUUACCCAAUUCCAUUAUCUCCACCAUUGCCCGACUUAUCCAAGGACAUAGAACCGAAUAGAGCAUUAACUGCUUCUUCUAAAUCCUCUCUUUUUACUCUUUCCAGAACCCAUGUUAUCUUCGAAGAUGAAUGGCUCAUUGCUGUUAAUAAACCUCAAGGAAUUUACUGUGAGAAUGUUUUGUCUGCACUCCCUCAUUUACUCAAUGACACUGGGGCUAAUGUUUCCGAGCUUCAUUUAGCUAAUAGACUUGAUCGUGAUACAAGUGGUGUGAUGUUGAUUACUAAGUUACACAAAGUAGCAGCUAAGUUUGUAAAAGCAUUUACAGACCAUAAGGUACGGAAAACAUACCUGGCUUUCUGUGUUGGGCUUGCUCCAAAAUGGGAAAAAAUAACUGUAAAAUCGGGUCAUGGACGGUCAAAAUAUGGAGCUUGGCGUGUUUAUGCUGCAUCAGAUGUGGGCAGAAAACUGCCAGGUGGAUCAGUCGUUAGAGACAUGGAGACCUCUUUUGAAGUAUUAUCAGUGAAUGGUCUUGGGUGUUCUAAAGUGGUUUCUGACUUGCAAAAAGACGAAGCUGUGGUCAUAGUUCAAGAGAAAUCAGUCAUUGGUUGUGACUUGAAGAAAGAUGAGAUUUUGGUCAGGGCGAGCCCUCGGAGCGGAAGAACACACCAAAUUCGCUUGCAUUGCCAGUAUCUUGGAAUUCCUAUACGAGGAGAUGUAAGAUAUGAAGGUGUCUAUGAGUGGAAGGGCAGCAUAUAUGAUGGUCAUGAACUUCAUGCGGAAAGUCUAUCUUUUGAGCAUCCUAUUACUGGGGAACCAAUACUACUUCAGGCACCUCUACCUUCCUGGGCUAUUCAACCUUUAAGGUCUCAGAUCGAGUAAUGAUUGAGCUUGCAGUUUGAUAGCAUUUUGAGCUCUCUCAAGCAAACAAUAGAGUUGGAGCAAGAGAGAGGAGAAAUUAUCAUUGGAUGACUCCUUGUUAAAAGGGACUAGAGGAAAAAGAGUUAGCGAUGAAUAGAGAGAAGUCAAUGCACAACCUCUUACUGGAGAAUUUGUUGUGGGAAUUUUCCUUCAAGAGAACUGUUCUUUUCCUUUGUCAACAGUGGGUCUGUGGCUGUUCCCGUUUGAGUGGCAGUGCUGCUUUGUUGUCAAAUAUAAAUGCCCUCUUGUUCCCUAAUUUAUUGCUUGCAAGUGUUAUUUAUGGAUUCAUUAGUUGCGGAGAAGGAGCUGCAGCACCGAAAAGGAUUUCCUAUCAGAUGUUAUUGGCAUCUCAAUCAUUGCCCUUUAUGCUAAUCGUCAUGUAGGAUGUUGCAGUCCACGUCAAUAACAGUUGCAUCCUGUGUUUUAUGGUGCAUUUCAAAUGGGAGUUUCUUGUGAUAUGUACGAUGUCUCAGCUACUGGGAAACGGGUCUAUGUGCAUAAGAUGGUUAUGGUCCGAAGCUUUCCUUGUUCUUCUCUCGAUGGCCAUUGUAGUUUGUGAUGCAAAGAGAUGAGAGUAUUGUUAUAUGAUGAUUCCAGUGUCUUUUUUUCUUCUUCUGUUGUAUAAGACACAUUAAAGCAGUGUUACUUAUCAAAGAAGAAGAAGAAACAUUAAAAAAGUGCAUUUCUCAAUCUAU